AUGCCGAAUUUUUUUGUUAAUAUCAAGAAGCUGGUGAAAGGUCUCGGGUUGCCGGUCGAGGUUAUUGAUUGCUGUUUCCACAACUGUAUGAUUUACUGGGGGGCGGACGAGGAUUUAACCCACUGCAAAGUUUGCACAUUUCCUCGGUGGAAACCUGUUACGAAAAGCAAUUCGGCCAAAAGAAGGGCUAACGUUCCUUAUAAAAAAAUGUUUUAUUUCCCUUUAACUCCGAGGCUGCAAAGGUUGUACGCUUCCAAAGCCACGGCUAAACAUAUGACAUGGCACGCUGAACAUGAAAUGGAAGACGAGAAGAUGUGUCAUCCUUCUGACUCUCCGGCGUGGAAACGGUUCAGUGAGUUGCAUACAGAUUUUGCAGAUGAAACAAGAAAUAUCAGGCUAGGAUUAUGUACUGACGGGUUUCAACCAUUUGGUAGUUUUGGGAAAAAUUAUUCUUCCUGGCCAGUGAUUGUGACGCCGUAUAAUCUGCCUCCUGGCAUGUGCAUGAAGGAUGAAUUUAUGUUUCUAACAAUACUUGUCCCGGGACCCGGAAAUCCAAAAAACCAUAUGGAUAUUUUCUUGCAGCCAUUAAUAGCAGAGUUAAAUCAGUUGUGGAAAUCUGGAAUCCGUAUGUAUGACAUUCAAAAACGGCAGAAUUUUCAAAUGAGGGCGGCGCUUAUGUGGAUAAUUAAUGACUUUCCCGCUUAUUCAAUGUUGUCUGGUUGGAGCACAUUAGGAAGAUUGGCAUGUCCGUAUUGUAUGGAAAUUACUGAGGCUUUCACGUUGCCCGAGAGUGGUAAACAAUCCUGGUUUGAUUGCCACAGAAAGUUUUUACCUACAGGUCACCAUUUCCGUCGGAACGUUACCGAAUUCCGAAAAGGCAAACAAGUAAGGCAUCAAUUUGGAGGUGUGAGGACUGGAGAUGAAGUGUUAGCAGAGGUGGACGGUCUGGGGUUUAAGAGGGCCUAUGAGAAUGAUGCUAAGGCUACGAAUGAUGAACUAUCUAAAGGCCGUGGUUGGAACCGAAAAAGUAUAUUUUGGGAUUUACCGUAUUGGAGGACAAAUGUGAUCCGGCAUAAUCUCGAUGUCAUGCAUAUUGAGAAAAAUGUAUUUGACAACGUUUUCAAUACCAUGCUCAAUGUACCUGGUAAGACGAAAGAUACGGCAAAAUCUCGGGCAGAGUUGAAUAAAAUUUGUGAUCGUCCUGGCCUGGCACAAGAUGAGGAAACUGGUAGAUAUCCAAAGUCUUUGUAUGCUUUGGACAGAGAUUUAAAAAAGAUUUUGUCAGAAUGGAUUCAAAAGUUAAAGUUUCCGGAUAGUUACGUGUCCAACUUGUCUAGGUGCGUUGAUUUAAACAGUUUAAAGAUGAUGGGCAUGAAAAGUCAUGAUUGUCAUGUCUUCACGCAACGACUUUUGCCAAUUGCUCUUCGGGAGCUUCUUCCGGCAGAAGUGUGGGAGCCUUUAACAGAGUUGAGUAUAUUCUUCAGAGAGUUAACUGCCACAUCGCUAAAAAAGGCAGAUCUUCAGAGAUUAGAGCUUGAUAUCCCGAAGAUACUGUGUAAGUUGGAACGUAUAUUUCCGCCGAGUUUUUUUGAUUCGAUGGAACAUCUCCCCGUACACCUUCCGUACGAAGCUAUGAUGGCAGGACCUGUUCAGUAUCGUUGGAUGUAUCCGUUUGAAAGAUACCUGAGAAAACUCAAAAAUAAGGUUUCGAAUAAAGGCAGAGUGGAAGGAAGCAUUAGCAGCGGAUAUCUACUGGAGGAAAUAGCAAAAUUUGCAUCUUUUUAUUUCAAGGAUGGUGAUCCGAUGGUACCAUGUCGGAUGCAAAGAAAUGAAGUUUGCGAAAUGGACGUUGAUGAUGAUUUCGACAGAUUAUCUAUUUUCAAACCGGAAGGGCGACCUGUAGGUGCUUGUCGGAACAGAUAUCUGGAUGAUGCUGAAUAUGUUGCUGCCCGAAGCUACAUCCUUUUGAAUUGCCCUGAAAUCGAACCUUACAGAGAAGUUUUUGAAGGCGAGUUGUAUGAAUUCAACCACGAAAUUACACAGACCGAAGUUGUAGUAAAGUUGGAAAGGGAAUUCGCCUUUUGGUUCGAGCAAUAUGUAAGUAUUAAUGUUGUUUUAUCGUCGUAG